AUGUCCGUAGGUCAUGGCAAGGCUCGCAUAACUAAUACCCCGAGGGCAGCCCAUUUUGUGAAUUCGUUGGCACAGAAUGGUACUUUGGAUCCACGAGACGAUGUUUAUGGAUUGGGUCCCACCGACAAUCAAAUCCCAAAACCACCGGGGGAUGUGGGCAAACCUGGUCAGGGCGGUUACAACCUCCGCAUCGAGCUUGAAUGGGCGGAGGAUCAAUUCGAGGCCGUCGAGAAAUAUAUCGGUGGUGCCGUCGAGAAAAUACUCGAUAUUACCCAAUCUUUCAGUGAACAAAACUCGAUAAACAUCAAACAAGCACUGGAGAAAUAUCCGUUCCUCAGAGAUUAUUGUAAUCAAUGGGUGGUGAACGACUUCAUCAAAAGCCAUCUAAACAGCUUGAAGAAGAAAGCCACAACGGCCCCGAUGACACGAGCUCCCAGAGAUUAUCGCGUCAUUCAGACCAGAGGCCGAAGCAAGAGAAGUCUCAAUGGCAGCGAGGACACAGGAGUCUCGCGUUAA